AUGAUGAGUGGUGGUUGUGAUGAUGAUGACGAUGAUGAUGAUGAUGAUGAUGGUGAUGGUGGUGGUGGUUUUGGCGCUGGUGAUAUAUAUGUUGUGAUACAUUUGGAGAAAGGUGUCAAUAUGUAUUAUACGCAAAUGCUUAUGAAGCUUCGUUGUAUUGAUGUUCAGAGUGGUGUCGAUGACAAUGACGAUGAUGAUGAUGAUGAUGUUGAUGUUGAUGAUGGUAUAGGCAAAGACAUAUAUUAG